GAUCACUUCCACCGACCGUGGCUACGCAAACUGGCAUUCCAUUUGGGCGUACGUUUACCCAGAUUUUCUUACCGCACGAGUCAUCUCCUCCAUUAUUUGCAUUGUCAGCUGAACGUGCUGUGAAUGUGUUUUACUGCUUGCACCAGCUAUUUCUAUGAUGACAUAGGAAUGCUUUUGGAAUGAAGCGGCGCAUCAUCAUAGCGUAAGUAGCGCAAGUAGAUCAUCAGAACAGUUGCCAUGGGCAAGGGAAUACAUACUAGAUCAUACCAUGCAUCGAUCAAAGCAGAACAGCAUAGCACCAUUGCAAUCCAGUGUCUCUACAACAAUAGCUCAGCAACGAACAAUUCCAGUGGAGAGACCCGGCAAAACGUGCUAUAUGGCAUAACGAUCAAACGAAAAACAAACAAUUUGAACCCUUCUGCUCGGCGCGGUGUUGAGGAAAACGUCCGGGAAAGAUGUGGUAACCACCGGUGUGUUCUUAUCAGCCCUACUCGCCCUGAGUCUGAUUGUACGCCUGUGUGGGCUUGAUGUGUACAUCAUUCACUUCGCAGUGCAGUGAAAUCCCAGUCGAAGACGCGUAGCUAAUCGCCAUGAAGGAGCAAACCCCAACGCGAGGAUGGUCCAAAAAAUGGAUCAAAAUUUUCUUCUGCAUGAUCUGCACGAUGCUUUGCUACUUGGGCGUACUGGUGCUAACCAUCGGCACGGUCGCCCGAAUGCAGUAUGAACUGCUGGAUGUUCUGAUGGACAUUCGGAUGUAUCGUUUGAUCCUGUUUCUGCUGCUGGUCGGAGCGUUGUGUCUGGUGCUAGCAUUUAUAGGAUUCCUCGGGACCUGGAGAGAAAAUCGGCCACUCUUGUAUACGUUCUGCUCCCUUUUGGUUGUGUUUUCAUUGAUGGAGUGCACGGUUGCAUUCAUCGGGUACACCCAGCGCGAUCGCAUGGAAACGGAAAUGGAAUCGAACCUGUGGCUUUCGGUUAAUCAGUAUCCCGUUGAUGUUACUUGGCAACCGUACGUCGAUUCGUAUCAAAUGCAGUUAAAAUGUUGUGGCGUCCAUAACUAUACCGAUUGGCUGAUGGCGAUGCCACCGGACGAUAUCACCGAGGAUGAUAAAGAUCUGAUAGCGCAGCUUGUCCCACUUUCCUGCUGCGAUCUUGCAGAUACUGCGCAGUGCACAAUCUACGACGCCGGCUGCCACAGCAAAGUGUACGAAAUAUUCUACGAAACGGGCAAUACGGUGAUAACAAACACGCUUGGAGCGGUGAUAUUGCAGCUAUUGGGAGCAGCGUUCGCCUUUUUCUUGGUACGCAAGCUGCGACUAUUUACGCAAUCCGACGAGGGCUUUUUCCACGCUGAAAAGCCGAACCCAUUCGCAUAUUCCAAAUUGGUCAACAUUGCGAUAUCGACGGAAAAGAUGUAACCCAUCCAGUGGUUCCGUAUCCAUCCCGCUGUCUUACAUUUUUAGUCAGCUUUAGCGGGCCUUGGAUUCUCCCCUCCAUCAAGCAAAUCGGCCAAGCGGGAAAAAGUACUGCAGCGUGUUUAUCAGUUUGUGCAGAUAGAUAAGACUGAUAUGAUAACACAAUUUAGUCAUUUACCAAUACAUAUGUACCGGCGCUAGGCGUGGCAAGCUGAGGAAUGUCGUUCGGGCAGCGGUUUAAAGCAGCUUUUAGUGGAAUAAUAAAAUAGAAAUUAAACAGUUACUUAAAAUUUAAAAA